UACAAAGUUGACAUCGUACACUGGAGACAUUGGCGAGAGCUUCCGAGACUGCUUAAUUUAAAAGCGCACACUGGAUUGAGUAGCCCAAUAAAAUCUUGCAAGGAACGGCCAUAUAUGGUGUCGUUGGGAAACGUGUAGAACAAAGAUGAAGAAUUCGAUCAAUAUAGGUAAUCUUAUCUUCCUCUUCCAUGCUUGGUCGGUUACAGGCCUUGUUCUCUAGCAAACCCUUCGACGAUUCUUUGUAUCGUGCAUUUGGAUCCAUGGGCGCUGCGACCGAAAUAGCCACAUUUGCCUCUGGAUGCUUCUGGGGAGUGGAGCACAUCUUUUUGAAGCACUAUCCCCCCUCCCAGGGUAAGGGAAUUAUCAAGACUAGCGUUGGAUAUACUGGCGGCAAGGAGGCCUUUCAAAAUCCGGGGUAUAGGGAUGUGUGCUCUGGCGAGACGGGUCAUGCAGAGGCGGUAAAGAUUGAAUUCGAUCCCGCCAUUGUCAAGUACGAUGAACUUGUCGAGUUCUUCUAUCGCACCCACGACCCUACAACGGUGAACAGGCAAGGCGCGGACACCGGUACUCAGUAUCGCUCGGCCAUAUUCACACACUCGCCUGAGCAAGAGGAAGUUGCGAAGCGGGUAACGGAGCAAAUGCAGGCCAAGCACUUCACUCCGAAAGGAAAAACAAUUGUCACGGAGAUUCUCGAGGCAGGACCGUGGUGGGACGCGGAGGAGUAUCAUCAGCUGUACUUGUUCAAGAAUCCCAGCGGGUACCAGUGCCCAACCCACCGUCUUCACUGGUAAUGUAUGUAUAUACGUAAACAGAGUGUACCAAUAGGUUUCGAAUUUCAAUACAUAUGUACGCGAUCCU